AUGCCUAACGGUUGCACUUGCCAGGCGCCUGCGACAGCUGCCAAUCCAACUGCACUUGCAACUCCUGCAAUGUCCAACAUUAAGGAGUACGAUCACUCGAGGCCAUCCUUAAUGGUUCCGUUCACAAAGUGAUUUCAGUAAAGUAUGUCAACCAUUCUUUCAGAUUUCUCAAGUACGAUGCGCUUUGGUACUGAUUCGAGUGUUUUUGCAUGCAAUUCUUUACCAUCCUAACCGGCGCUUCUGCAGCUUGUUUCUUCUUUCCGAUAAAAG